AUGAUAUCUUCGACAACAUGGGUGCCAAGGGGUUAUGCUUCUGAAUUUCCUGAGAAAUAUGAUCUGGAUGAUGAAGAGAUGGAGAGGAUUAACCAGCUGGCGCAGCUGAACUUGGAUGAUGCUAUAGCAGAUCUGAAAGAUGCUGAAGGUGAAGUAGAUGCUACCGAAAAUAUGGAAGUAGAUGGCCAAAGACUGCAAGACGAGUUGGCCAGGGAUGAUGAUUUGAAAGAGUAUGACUUGACCAAUGUCGCCGACGAAGAGGAUAUGAACGAGGAAGGACUGGAUGUCUCGAUGUUUCCGGGACUGACAAAUGAUAAGGCUAAGUUUCAUGAGGCAGAAGGUGGGGAGGAUCCGUAUAUUUCUUUGCCUACACAGGAGGAAACAGCAGAGGAAAAGCAAGAGUUGCAAGUGUAUCCGUCAGAUAAUAUGAUUUUAGCAACCAGAACAGAAGAUGACAUCUCGUUUCUUGAUGUAUAUGUUUACGAUGACGGUGCGGGUUUCCAUGAUGAGAGUAUAGCUGAUGAACAAGGAGAUGAAACAGAUCCUGACGUUGCUCGUGGUUUAGUGAGAGACAGUUCCUUAUACGUCCACCACGAUCUGAUGCUACCUGCAUUUCCUUUAUGCAUUGAAUGGCUGAACUACAAACCCGGUUCGAACUCUGAUGCGCCUGCAAAUUUUGCUGCUAUUGGUACAUUCGACCCUCAAAUUGAAAUUUGGAACUUAGAUUGUGUUGAGAAGGCUUUCCCAGAUGCUAUCCUUGGUGAGCCACAAGAUAAUUCGAUGCCAGCAUUAAAGAUUAACAAAAAGAAAAAGAAAUCAAAGAACGUUCACAAGCAUAUUACCUCGCAUCAUACAGAUGCUAUUCUAUCGCUUGCGCAUAAUAAACACUUUCGCUCUGUGCUAGCGUCCACAUCUGCCGACCAUACUGUAAAAUUGUGGGAUCUGAAUACUGCUACUGCUGCUCGCUCAAUGGCUUCAAUUCAUAACAAUACAAACGUUUCAGCAUCGGAAUGGCACAGUAGUAAUGGUUCGGUCUUGUUGACUGGUGGUUAUGAUUCUCGUGUUGCGCUUUCUGAUGUAAGAAUCCCUGACGAAUCCAAGAUGUCAAAGUAUUGGUCAGUAAUGAGUGGCGAAGAUAUUGAAUCUGCUACAUUUGCGGAUGAAAACAUAAUAUUAUGUGGUACUGAUUCAGGUAACGUUUACUCAUUUGAUAUCAGAAAUAGCGAUAAGUCGGAACCUGUUUGGACUCUAAAGGCCCAUGACGCUGGAAUUUCAGCACUCUCAGCAAAUAGAUUUAUUCCUGGCCUAAUGAGUACUGGUGCAAUGGGGGAGAAAGUAGUUAAACUAUGGAAAAUUCCAACAUCGGAAUCGAAUACUGGAAAAGGUCCCAACAUGGUUCUUUCUCGUGAUUUUGAUGUGGGUAACGUAUUAUCAGUUUCAUUCGCCUGCGAUAUCGAAGUAGCUGGUAACAUGGUCAUUGGUGGUGUUAACAAAGGGUUGAAGCUUUGGGAUGUUUUCACAAACAGAACCGUUCGUAGAGUUUUCUCAAAUGAAUUAUCCACGGUUCAAAAAAGAGCUAAAGAAGAAGCUCAAUCUGUUGGUAAAAGUUCUAGGAUUGCAAGGAAAUAUAGAAAAAAUGAUAACUCAGAGACUGUGAUAACUAUUGCUGAUCAGCGUGAGGAUGACGAUGAAGAAUAA